UACAGAUUAUGUGUCUUCCAUCCGGGCUGUGCGAACUUCAUGAGUGCGCACUUUCAGUCAUCGGGGAAUAUGUUAUGGCUGUAAAGGAGUUUGUGUGAUUGUUAGUAAGGAAUGUUUUUUCGACUAAUGAAGGAGUUGUUGAGUCUAAAUUGGGAACAGUGGCAUUCUGCAUUAGAACCUCUUCAGUGAAGAACACCAAUCGGUGUUACUAACAUGGCCGAUGACAGCGAAUGGGUCUUGGAGAGCAUUGCUGGAUACCUUGGAAGUCCAGAAUGGGUCAUACCUGUGACCGACUUUAUGGAACACAAGUGCACAGUGUUUGAUGAUGAGGACGAAAACAAACUAUCUUACACAGAAAUCCACCAGCAAUAUAAAGAAUUGGUGGAGAAGUUGCUGGAAAACUAUAUGCAAGACGUGGGGAUCAAUGAGCAACAGUUUGUGGAAGCAUGCUCCUCUCCUUUCGCAAAAUCCCAAACACUACAGAGUAUAUUCCAGCCUGUUCUGGCCACAGAUGACUUCCAGAUCUUCCGCACACUGAUGGUCCAGAAGAACAUGGAGCUGCAGCUUCAGGCCUUGCGCGUCAUAAAAGAGAGAAAUGGUGCCCUUCCCGAGUGCUUGACGGACGGACAGGAUGUUAUGAGUGAGCUGGAGCAACAGGAGAUGAAGAUCCUACAGGAAGUGCUCCUGAGGUCGAAGGAGGAGUACGACAUUGAGAUGGCCCGACGGACGCAUGUGGAGGAGGAAGUGGGGACCACGUCCAGAGGCGUCUCGGCCGUCACGCCUAUCCCCAAUGGGAUCGGCCAUCACCACACCCACAAACCCUCACCUGCUGCUCCUGCCGCUCCUGCCACCAACAACACAGAGAAGACCACAGAGACAAGCAACACCACCGCGAAGAAAGAGGAGAAGAGAGUGGCGUUGGAGAAAGGAGAUAAUGACCACAAGAGUGCAGUUAAAACAGGCGGCGCCAACCCUGCCAAGCCACCCGCAGAGAAAAGUGGCACUGAUGGCAAGACUCUUCCCGCCGUCAGAGCCACAGCGAAGGGCAAAGAGGCUCCCGUCUCGCCCAAGAAGAGCCAGAACAGCCAGGCGGCUGAGGUCUGGCUCGAGGAGGCGCGUAAGGAAGCUGGCAUCUCCAAGCCAUUUACGGAGUUGUCGGCAUCUCAGCAGGAGCAGCUGCAGCAGCGUGCCCAGUACCUGAGGCAGCAGCGGGACAAGCUGCAGGCCCUGAAGAAGGAGCAGCAGAGGCCCAAACACCCAGAGGAGACCCCCGCCCCCGCCCCUGCACCCGUACCCGCACCCAGUACACAGGAGAUAUCAGUAGAGGAAAGGAAGAGGUUGCAGAAAAGGAAGCACCUUGCAGAAAAAUUAAAAGAAGAAGUGAUCAAGAAGUAGCUCUUUCGGCUUCUUGACGACCACCAAGAGAUUAUUGUUUGAUAAAUGGACUACCGUACAAAUAAUUAUACCAGGAGACUGGAGGAAGAUGCCAUUAAAAAUAUACAGCAUUUUAAACUGUUAUUUAUGUAGGUGUAAUUUAAGACAUGCAUUCUACCUAAUGCAUAUUAUGCUAAUGCUAUGUUUAAUAAACAAUUUUAUAUACUCCUCUUUUUUCA